UUGUUGUUUUGGUUGAUGGGCGUCUGUCAGUAGGAGGGGGGCGGGAACAAAAGACGAGAAGAUGACAGCUGACUUCCUGUUGACACGACAAAACAGACAAUAUCAGAGGGGGACCCAGUCAGACCCAGCCAGACCCAGCUGGACCCAGCCAGACCUAGCUGGACGUAGCCGGACACAGCUGGACCCAGCCGGACCCAGUCGGACCCAGUCAGACCCAGCCGGACCCAGCCGGACCUUGCCAGACACAGCCGGACACAGCCGGACACAGCCAGACCCAGUCAGACCCAGCCAGACCCAGGCAGACCAAGUCAGACCCAGCCAGACCCAGUCAGACCCAGUCAGACCCAGUCAGACCCAGUUGUAGCGGUGCGUUCAGUGUCUGUUCCAGGAUGUGGAUCUUCCUGAUGUUGCUCUGCUUGGUGGGUCAGAAUCAGGCGUUUCCAUGGGAACACAGCAGCUUUGGGCCGCUCCUGGAACAGCAGGACCAGAGCACACCUUCUCCCAUCGCCGGACAGACAUCAUCUUCCUCUUCAUCGUCUUCUUCCUCCUCGUCUUCAUCAGAGUCCUCUGAGAGCCAGAGUUCAGAGACUCAACAGCUGAGAGUUGCAGAUGGAAUCUCCCCCGGCAACAGCAGCCUGUGGGCCAAUCAACUGCUUUCACUUGGAGACGGAGACGCAGAGGACGCCGUGGACGCCGUGGACGCCGGAGACACCGUGGACGCCGUGGAUGCUGGAGAUGCCGUGGAUGCAGGGGACGCCGUGGACGCAGGGGACGCCGUGGACGCCUUGGAUGACGGGGAUGCUGGAGACGACGCAAACGCCGUGGAUGCUGGGGACGUGUCACUUCCUGUGGGCGGGGCCUUUGUGGAACAGAAGGCCUUCUCCCCCCUCCCGUCUCUACGGCAUCGCGGCGAAGCUGCCUCAGUAGUGGGCGUGUCCAGAGCGGAUGUGGGCGGAGUCAGAGCAGAUGUGGGCGCUGAGUUUCCUCGCCUGUCUGACAACAGCAAAGAAUUGCUGUUGAUGUUCGACUCGGAGCACCACGGUUACUAUGGAGACGAGGUGGGGCUACAGCUGCAGCUGUGA